AUGGCAUGCCACGUGGGUGUGCAUGCCUUGCUGAAGCGUUCUCCCAUCGGGGUGAUGAUGAACCUGGGCCCUUCCAACUACCCCUUCAACGAGACGUAUGCCACACUAAUCCCAGCCAUCCUCAUGGGCGAUUCUGUGGUGAUGAAGGUUCCGAACACUGGUGGCCUUGCGCAUUUCCUCACCAUGGAGGCCUAUGCCGAGUGCUUCCCAGCAGGCGUCGUGAAUUUUGUCUCUGGCCGGGGACGCGACACCAUGCCUCCGUGCAUGGAGACAGGGCUGGUGGACGUCUUCGCAUUCAUCGGCUCAUCGAAGGCAGCCGAUGCCUUGGUAAAGGCCCAUCCGCAGCCACAUCGUUUGAAGAACCUGCUGUCCUUGGAUGCGAAGAACCUGGCCAUUGUGAUGCCGGAUGCCGACUUGGACGUGGCAGUGAAGGAGUGCGUGGCUGGUAGCACCUCGUACAACGGCCAGCGCUGCACCGCCAUCAAGCUCAUUAUGGUGCACAAGAGCAUCGCCGAGAAGUUCAACGAAAAGUUCUGCGCCGCCAUCUCUGGAUUGUCUGCAGGCCUGCCCUUUGGCAAGUGCAACAUCACACCCUUGGCGUCGAGCUCCACNNCUAAACGAGGGUGGCGCGCACUUGGAUCGAUCGCUGUUCUUCCCUGCCGUGGUGUAUCCCGUGACACAUGA